AUGUCAGAUUCCAACACAACCGACUUCACCAACUCCACCUUCAUCCUGCUGGGUAUUCCCGGCCUGGAGGCUGCCCAUGUCUGGAUCUCCAUCCCCUUCUGCACCAUGUACGCCAUAGCCGUCUUGGGGAACUUCACCAUCCUAUUCAUUGUGAAGAUGGAGCUGAGCCUCCAUGAGCCCAUGUACUAUUUCCUCUGCAUGUUGGCCAUCACUGACCUGGUCAUGUCCACGUCCAUCCUACCCAAAAUACUGAGCAUCUUCUGGUUCAAUUCCAGGGAGAUCGAUUUCAGUGCCUGCCUCACCCAGAUGUACUUCAUUCACUGCUUCUCAAUGAUGGAGUCUGGGAUCUUCGUGGCCAUGGCUUUUGAUCGUUAUGUGGCCAUCUGUGAUCCCCUGAGACAUUCCACCAUCCUGACAAAUCCUGUGGUUGUCAAGAUCGGCCUGGCCGUGGUGCUGCGCGGUGGCAUGUUCGUACUGCCCUAUCCCAUCCUGGCGAGGCAGUGGCCAUAUUGCAGAACCAACAUCAUCCCCCACACGUACUGCGAGCACAUAGCCGUAGUGAAACUGGCCUGCGCAGACAUCCGUGUCAGUAGUUACUACAGCCUCUCUAUGGCAAUCUUGUUGACUGGUCUGGAUGUGUUUUUUAUCACCGUGUCCUAUACCCAGAUCCUCAGGGCCAUCUUCAGCCUCCCCACAAAGGACGUUCCGCUCAAGACUUUUGGGACCUGCAGCUCCCACCUCUGUGCCAUCUUAAUCUUUUACAUCCCAGGUCUCUUCUCCUUCAUCACGCACCGGUUUGGCCACAAUGUGACUCUGUAUUUCCACAUUCUCCUUGCCAACGUGUACCUCCUGGUUCCCCCCAUGCUGAACCCCAUCAUCUAUGGGGUGAGGACCAAACAGAUCCGGAACAGGCUGCUCCAGCUUUUUACUGAUAAAGGAACUAAAGUGAUGGUGUCUGGGAUCCUCGUGGCUAUGGCUUUUGAUCUCUAUGUGGCCAUCUGCGACCCCCUGAGACAUUCCACCAUCCUGACAAACUCGGUGGUGGCCAAGAUCGGCCUGGCCAUGGUGCUGCGUGGCAUCAUGGUCAUACUGCCCUAUCCCUUCCUGGCAAGGCAGUGGCUAUCUUGCAGAACCAACAUCAUCCCCCACACGUACUGUGAGGGCAUAACUGUGUUGAAGGUUGCAUGCGCUGACAUCUGCGUCAGUAGUUACUACACCCUCUCUGUGGCAUUCUUGAUAACUGUCACAUGA